AUGAGCUCACUGGCAUCGUACUAUAAAUCUUUAAAAAUGAAACGCACGUUUAAUAAAAAGGUUGUACAAUGUACAAUCGUUGGAGACUGCUCUGUUGGGAAAACCUCUUUAGUGAAAAAAUUCCUUAGAGCAGAAGAAAAUAUAGAAGACGUCAUCCCAACAGUAUUUGAUAACUUUUCUGGUGAAGUGACUUUAGAAGAAGGUGAAUCUACUAUCAGUAUCUUUGACACAACAGGAGAUCAUGAUUUUGAAGGUUUGCGCCAACUACCUUAUGUCCUCAGUAAUGUCAUCGUCGUCUGUUUCUCUGUUAUCGACCGUGAGUCUUAUAACAGCGUCUCGGAUUUCUGGCUUCCAGAAAUCAAGAAAUAUACCAAGAAAGGCACCGCAGUGGUGCUUGUUGCAACCCACUGUGAUUUAAGGAACCGCAAUCUAACAGCCGUGGAAAACAACGAAGGGGUGUCUCUGGCGAAAAAAAUCGGUGCUUAUAGUUUUAUUGAGACCUCCACUAAAGACGUCGAAAACAUAUCGAAAUUAUUUGAAAUUGUUGUGACAAAAGUCACAAAAAAGAGAAAGAAUAUUUUUUCAAAACUGUUCAGAAGAUGA